AUGGAGGACGAGGCCGCGGCGACCGCGAAGGAGAGGGAGCUUGCCCAGUGGGUGGAGUUCGCUGGGGAGGCCAGCAGCACCGGCACCGAGGCCCCUCUCAUUAAAGAUGUGGGAUGCGGAGACGCUGGCCUAGAGGGUGAAGAGGGCCAGGGCCUCGACGGUCGGUCAACCCCCGGCGAGCACUUCGAGUACGCCGCUGGUGGUGGUCCUUCCCCGGGGGACCCGGAGGACGUUGAUACUGUCAUCGAGGAGGUUGCCAGGGACGCCGCGGCCGAGGCUGACAAGAUUGCUGCCGAGGAGUCCGCCAAGGCUGCCGCUGAAGAGGCCGCCAAGGGGUCUGCUGAGGAGACCGGCAAGACUGCGGCUGAGGAGGCCGGCGAGGGGCCUGCCGGAGAGGCCGGCAAGGCCACCGCCGAGGAGGGAGCGGUCGACGACCAACCUUCCUCCUCCUUUGCUUCUGGCUCAGGCAGGUACCUGAGGGCCAAGUCUAGGAAGGCGGUGGAGGACAAGGGGGAGGCGGACCUCGAGGAGCGCGUCGCUGAGGCACAGGCUCGGUUCCGCCAGGCCCACAAGGACUUGAAGUCCACCCAGGACGUGCUGGCUGAGCGCAACCUGGAGCUCGUCAUGAAGCAGGCCGAUAUCGAGAAGGCCCAGGAACUGGUGGAGCAGCAGGCCGCCCAAGCCGAGGCUGCUCGGCACCAGCAGCAGGCUGCGCUAAACUCCCAGGAGGAGGACCUUGCCGCUCGCGAGGAGAAGCUUGUUGCGACACUCCACGGCAAGGACGGGGAGGUCGAGAAGCUUCUCGUGCAGCGGACCUAG